AUGAAUAACUAUGGCCUGUUGUGUAUCAUCUACCUCACCUUCGGAGCCUUCUUCUACGGCUAUGACUCCGGGCUGACCACGUCCGUCAUUGGCUACCCUCGAUUUAUUACAUAUUUUGGCUUCGAUGCCACGCUCAUCGGUGUCCUCGGGUCGGUCUACUACUCAGGCCUCUUCCUGGGGGGCCUGUCCAUGCUCUACAUCCCCAACAAGAUCGGGAGAUUGCGCACGAUUAUACUGGCCAGCAUUGUGGCUCUAGCCGGAAAUUCCAUGCAAGCAGGCGCACAAAGUCUUGUUGUCUUGUUGGUUGGACGCGGAAUCGGUGGUUGGGCCGGAGGCCUUGUCUAUGCCGUCUGUCCGACAUAUGCGGCCGAGAUUGCUCCACCACACGUUCGAGGACGGGUUGGUGGCUUAUAUGCUAUCAAUAUCUCCCUGGCGUAUGCCAUUACGGAGUGGAUGGGUCUUGGGCUCUCCUACAUCGAAAGCGACACAGCCUGGCGUCUGUUCUUCGGGCUUCAGGUCCUCCCACCCAUCAUCAUGCUUAUCGGAGCCAUCUGGAUGCCCGAGAGUCCGCGCUGGCUGAUCAUGAAGGGCCGCCACGAAGAAGCGCUGGUAAUUCUUCGCCGCAUGCACCAGACUUCGGACGACGACACCUUCUUCAUGGGCGAAUUCAAUCAGAUCCGAGCCCAGCUCCAGCUCGAGGAGGACCAACGGGUCAACCUCUGGACAGUCCUGAAGCGGCCAUCCUACCGCAAACGGCUUUACAUCGCCUUCAUCUUGGUGACUGGGCAGCAGUUGACCGGCGUCAUCCCGCUCCAGAACUACCAGGUCAUCGUCUACGGUAGCCUGGGCGUUGCGGGCAAGCUGCCGCUUGUCCUCGUCGGCAUCUGGGGCACCGUCGGCGUGUUGUGCAACAUCCCGGGCGCGUGGUUUUUCGACCGAUGGGGCCGGCGCAGAAUGAUGCUGAUCUCCCUGGCCAUCAUCAUCCCGGCUUCCCUGCUUCUGUGCGCCUUCUGGGCCACGUUUCAGAACACAGACAACCAGAACAAGACGUACGGCAUCUUGGCGGUCGUGGCCAUGUUCCUCUUCCUUGUGGGCUACGCCGUCAUCUUCAACAGCUUUGUGUUUACCUACCUUCCGGAGAUCCUGCCGACGCCGGUCCGCGCAGCCCUGGGAGGCACAGUCACCGCCUGGGCAAGUGCGUUCGUCAUCCUGCUCGUCCAGGUCACGCCCAUUGCCAUAGAGCACAUCAGCUGGAAGUACUUUAUGAUCUUCGUCAUCUGUACCGCUCUGUACACCGUGGUCUUUUACUUCUAUUUCCCGGAGACUGCCAACAAGACGCUCGAAGAGGUCGAGGAGAUUUUCGGGGAUGAGGUCGCCAUUCAUAUUGAAGAUGCCGAGCGGCAGGCUGAGUUGGAUCCGGUCGCGUACUUGAAAGAGCACGAGAAGCACACCGCAAUCGAGCAGAUUGAGGGAGUCUCCUGA